AUGUCGCCGCUCCCCAAGUCGACUGCGCGCAAGCACACCGUCUUCCUGCUCUGCCUGUUCUCGUCGCUCGUCGUCAGCUUCGCCCUCUUCGCCUACUUCAUGUUCCUCCCUCUGUCGCAGUUCACCACACGCAACCACGGCCACCACGGCCGCCCUCCCAAGUCCGGCCACGGGUCGCACGCGCCUGCGCAUCUCGCCGCCCUCGAGGCGAGCUCCAGGGUGGUCGAGUUCGUCCCGCACGACGAGUACCGGAACCUCGGCCACGACCACGACGCCCUGUGGCAGGACGACCUGCUGCCCCCAAACGGGGGCUACUUGACGCCGGCCCAGAACGGCACGGCCGGUAGAGUCCGCCUGGCCAUGUUCCACCAGCUGCAUUGUCUGGCAGCCAUCCGCUCCGAGAUGCAGCAUCUGCAAGAUGGCGGGCCGUCGUCCCCGUCCCCGUCCCCGUCCUCGUCCGAAGGCCCGGUGCUCCGCCGCCGGCACCGCGCCCUAGCCUGCCUCGACUACUUGCGACAGUCGCUGCUGUGCAUGGCCGACGCGACGACUGAGCCGGCACCGCAGUCGGACGAACCCGACGACGACGGCAUGGGCGAGCGGCAGUGCAGGGAUUGGAAUCUCUUGUACCAGGCCUCGGCCAGGUCGGACCACGAGCCGGUGGUCACGUCGUCUGAUUUGCGCUGA